AGAAAAAAAUUAUUUCUUUGCUUCGAAUUACUCAGCGAUUCAUAUAGCUAUAAACUAAAAAGAUAUAUCUUUUUAACCUUAAAAUGUUACAAGCUUCCAAAAACGUGGCACGUCUUUUAUUUUCCACAUGGCAAUCUGUAUCUAUAACACCAGUAGCUGGUUUAAAGAUCUUUCCUCCGCCAAUAAAAUUUGGCGAUAUUGAAUUUCCGGAGCGAGCAAGACUUAAGAUAGUGGAAAGAGUUCCACAGUUUCCAUCAGGAAUGCGUCCUCCCAAAAUGCAAAAGCGACUAAGGUACAUGCGGGGUCCAGAAAAAAUACAUAAUUUCCUUAUGUACAGACAAUUUGGUAUCAUUGCUACAGGAGGAGGUAGAUUGAAAUACGGUCAUUUCGAGAUGAUACGUUUAACAAUUGGUAGAAAACUCGAUCAACAAAGGAUGUUUGCAAUUUGGCGUGUGGAUCCACCAUGGCAACCAGUUACAAAAAAGGGACAAGGACAUCGUAUGGGUGGAGGUAAAGGUGCUAUUGAUCAUUAUGUCACUCCUAUUAAAGCAGGACGAGUCAUUAUAGAAGUUGGUGGGCGUUGUGAAUAUUUUGAGGUAAAAAAAAUAUUAAACCAAAUAGCAAAUCAACUACCGUUCAAAGCCAUAGCUGUCAGUCAGCAAAUUCUAGAUAAAAAUGCUGCUAAAGAGAAAUGGUUGGAAGAAAACAAUCUGCAUCUUUGGACUUGGAAAUACAUGGUUCAGAAUAACAUGCUUGGUUGCCAAAAAUGGUUAUCACCAUCUGAUAAAUUAUGGUUUAAUAAAUAUUUGUAAAUAACAAAAAUAUAUUUGAAGAAAG